AUGGCGCCUCACCCCUUGGGUGCGCCCACCACCCCAGCGCCCCGAGAGACCCAGCAGCCCUUCCCCGGAGCCUCGGACAGCGAAGUGCGCAGCCCCAAGUCCAGCACCCCACCCAGCCCCGCUCUCAUCCCGAGGGACUGCUCCGACACUGAAGCGGGUGAUUGCCCAGGCAGCUCGAGGAAGCUCCGCGCCCGGCGCGGAGGGCGCAGCCGGCCCAAGAGCGAGUUGGCGCUGAGCAAGCAGCGGCGGAGCCGGCGCAAGAAGGCCAACGACCGGGAGCGCAACCGCAUGCACAACCUGAACUCGGCGCUGGACGCCUUGCGCGGCGUUUUGCCCACCUUCCCGGAUGACGCUAAACUUACAAAGAUCGAGACCCUGCGCUUCGCCCACAACUACAUCUGGGCGCUGACUCAGACGCUGCGCAUAGCGGACCACAGCUUCCACGGGCCGGAGGCCCCCGGGCCCUGUGGGGAGCUGGGCAGCCCGGGAGGCGGCUCCUAUGGGGACUGGGGCUCCAUCUACUCCCCGGUUUCCCAGGCGGGCAGCCUGAGCCCCACUGCCUCGCUGGAGGAGUUCCCUGGCCUGCAGGCGUCCGGCUCCCCCUCCUGUCUGCUCCCGGGCGCCCUGGUGUUCUCGGACUUCUUGUGA